CGUUUGUGUAAUCCUUUCGGGAAGCAGCGGCAACAGAAGGGUGUCCUAAAACGGAACAGUUGUACAACCUCUGGAAGAGCUAGGCCCCCGGGAGAGUGCACAUCUUGUCUCGCUAGAGCUUCGUGAAGAUGGGGCAAGAUAAGCAAAGAUCAAAUCUUGCUGGGACUUGGAUUACCAUUAUCAAACUAGAAUUCCCUCCGACCGCCCACAGUGCCUUGUAAUAAAGAGGAAAUUAUGGGAAGUAGGAUCUGGUGCUACAGCAGACUCAGUGGUAGACGUGCCCGAGGCUCUGAUUUUGAGCCCCAGCACUGCCAACAACAAGGCCCCAAAAACCUAGAAUCAGGUAGCAUCGAGCAAUCUGUUGGGCUGGAGCAUGGUGGGCACUUAUGUAGGCCUGCCACCUGUUGAUGCUUGUUGAGCAGAUAGAGUAAAAGUCAGAACAAGGUCAGGUGGCAUGCGGGCAGGGAGAGCGCAGCACCCAAGACAGUCUGGUGAUAAGGAGAACAGGUGGCCAGAGAGUGCGCAUCCUGAACAUGGAUCCUGGGCACACCUCAGCCCUUUCUGCAGCCUGACUUCCCACCUUACCCUCUUACAGAGGUUCCGGUUCUGUGGCGAUCUGGACUGUCCUGACUGGGUCCUGGCAGAGAUCAGCACACUGGCCAAGAUUUCCUCUGUGAAGCUGCGGCUGCUGUGUAGCCAGGUGCUAAAGGAGCUUCUGGGGCAGGGCAUUGAUUAUGAGAAGAUCCUGAAGCUUACUGCUGAUGCCAAGUUUGAGUCUGGAGAUGUAAAGGCCACAGUCGCAGUGCUGAGUUUCCUCCUCUCGAGUGCAGCCAAGCACAGUGUGGACAGCGAUUCCUUGUCCAGUGAGCUACAGCAGCUGGGGCUGCCCAGAGGUAUGCAGG